AUGUCCAUUAAUCCAAGUCAGUCAUCAGAGUUGGUGGAACUUCAUGUUUAUUAUGUCCCUAAAGGAUCAUGGAACUAUAAGUUAAAUACUAUUUCAAUAGAAGUUAUUCACGAGUUUAUUUCAGCUGGAUUUAUAAGAGUAUCUCCUGACCUUACUUUACAAGCCCUGAGGGAGAGACUGGUUGACUUUCUUGGUGAAGAUGCUAUUGCAGAAAAAUUUUUAUUUCUGAAAUGCAUUGGAAAUAACCUGGCUGUGGUUAAGACAAAUCAGGAAUCUGAACUGAAGCUUAAAUCAUUUGCUCCUCCAUAUAUAUGUAAUGCUCUUCAACCAGAAUUAUAUUUGCUUCCUAUAGUAGAUCAUUUGGGAAAUGUCUUUUCAGCAUCAACUGAAACUUCUUUAGAUGACCAGCUGAUCAAUAAUAAUGUUGCUGAGGAUGAUGGAAUAAUUUACAAACCAAUGAAUAUAUCUUUAUCAAAUGAAGAACCUGGAACAGAUUCUAGUCUUUUAGAAAGUACUGUGAAAGAUCUUGAUUGGAAUCAGGAAGAAGGGGGGGGAGAAGAUAAUUCAGAAGAAAACAAGACUGAAAAAUAUCAAAGUGAAAAUUCUGAUUUGCCCAGAUCAUUGGAAGAUUCAAAAAAUAAAUAUAUUAGAAAUGAAAAAAGUCCUUUUAUUUGGAAAAAUGAAGAUGAUAGAGUUUGUAUCAUUAGAAAAGAAGACAAUCAGAGAAGUAAACAUGAAUACAUUAUCCUACCAAAUCUUAGUGAUUUCCCUUCACUUCCUCCUCAACCUAUUUGUAUUCCAGGAGUUGAAUCUUUCUUAGAGAUUGAGAGAGAGAAUGUUAUUGAACAAAUUAAUCAAGUAAAGGAAAAAAGACUACACCUGGAGAGUAUUAAAGAAGAACUAACUAAAAAAGUUGAACAGCUAUUUGAACAAAAGAAAUGGACACAACAUGAUGACUCUGAUGUUUGGAAGAAAAAGUACUUUGAAACGAAGAAAGUGACGGCAUCUUUGGAGGAUAUUUUAACAAAACUUCGAGAAGACUUGGAACUUUUCUAUAAAAAAUUGCUCAUGCAACUUGAAGCCCGGGAAAUCAAGAUGAGACCAAAGAACAUGGCAAACAUCACAGAGUCUAAGAAUUAUUUUAUAAUACAGAUCACUGAGGUACAACAUGCAAUCGACCAACUUAAGAGAAAACUAGAUACUGACCAAAUCAAACUCAUAAUAGAAAUAAAGAUGAGAAAACAAGCAAUUUCUGAUUUACGGGAAUUGAAAGCUGAAUUGGCACAGAAACAAUAGAUAUUUCUUUACAACCUGAACUAG